AUGUUCACCUCCAGCAGGAACAAGUACCAGACCGGUAGCUUCUCGAAGAACCGCGCCUCAAAAUCUACCAAGAAAGGCAAGGCAUCGUUCAAAGAGGCCGAUGUGGCUCGUCGGAUAGAAAUAUCCUCUCCACAGUCAGUGCAGACGACAAGUCCACAGACAUCUCCCAACAUGACCUCCGCCAUCGUCACCCUCUGCGUCGGUCGGGAACAGCGUCUCUUCGCCGCGCACGAAGACGUCCUCUGCCACUCCACAUACUUUGCAGCCCUGUGCCGCACACAGUUCUUCGAGCCAGGAUCGAAGCGGAUUGAUCUGCCCAGCGAGGAGCCGGAGAUCUUCUCGUCGGUCCUUGAAUACCUGUAUAAGGGUGAUUACUACCCUCGUCUACAGCUCGACAAACGACGGCAAACGUGGCAUCUCGAGGAUACAGAGAAUGGUGGGCGAGGUACGGUGGAGUCGACGGUGUAUCACAAUGGUGUCGGCGGGCCGCUACUCAAGGACACCGUCAUCUACUGCGCAGCCGAAAAGUACGGCCUUGAUGAACUUCAGCGCCUCGCUCUUAAAAAGCAGGGCCUACAAUCCGGUAUCCAAUGUAGCACAAUCCUCAGCAGCGCCCGCUACGCCUACGACAACACACCCGACAACGACGCGAAGCUACGGUCGCACUACCUCGCCUUGAUCAUCCGUAGCAGGCACACAUUCAAGCGCAGCGGCACCAUGCAGAACGAGAUGGAGAAUGGCGGCAAGCUGUUCUUCGACUUGUUCGUGGCUAUGUCGAAUCACAUGGACGAUAUCUCCAGCCAGACGCCGAGGAAGUAG